CUCUGUGCGUCAACCAGCGAUCUCCUCUCCGGCUCGGGACAAAACCGCACGCAGCUGCCUUCUCUCCCUCCACUGCGCGAGUCUGCGCGAUCCGGAGCGGACCUGUCGUGCGUUGCUGCGUGGAUAUUUUACCUGUCAUGGACUUUGAUUGAGGCUGAACGCACACAGAUUCCCUCCUCUGAUUAUGACCAAAUAGGCGAUCAUUUACGAGCGCAAAGGAAAGCAAACUUGCAGAUCCUGAAACGCCCCUCUCGCCAAUGUGUUUUAUGUGUUUGCGCUCAACAGUGAGGUAGAUUUGAGAUUCUCCAGAGUGUCGGCGUGUGAUUUACCCCGUGGAUGCGGCUGCCGGGGUCGGUGUCUUGAGCCCUGCAGGAUCAGCCUGUCUUAGGGCAUCAUGAUUUCUCCGGUUUUUCACAAGUGGAUGAGAAAUAUUUCUCCUGAGAUGCUUCUGCUGGUGCCCAUGUUGUGGUUUUUACCUCUGGCUGGAGCGGCUCCUUCUCAGACCACCGAGCAGCUGGACAUGGGGGUGGACUGGCUGAGUAAGUUCGGCUACCUCCCUCCUCCUGACCCGGUGACCGGCCAGCUUCAGACCAAGGAGGCCCUCACUAAGGCCAUCAAAGCCAUGCAGAAGUUUGGAGGGCUGAAGGAGACCGGGAUUUUAGACCAAGCCACCCUGGGUCUAAUGAAAACACCCAGAUGUUCUCUGCCAGAUGUGUCUGAGGCUGAGGGGACGACGGGGCGCAGGAAACGAAGCCUGACUCCGCAGAACAAAUGGAAUAAAAGACAUCUGUCCUGGAGAGUGAGGACCUUCCCGAAGGACUCGGCCUUACUGGGCAGGGACACCGUCCGGGCCCUGAUGUACUACGCUUUGAAGGUGUGGAGCGACAUCGCGCCGCUGAACUUCCACGAGGUGGCCGGCAGCGACGCAGACAUUCAGAUCGACUUCACUAAAGCCGACCACAAUGACGGAUAUCCCUUUGACGGACCGGGGGGAACAGUGGCUCAUGCGUUUUUCCCAGGAGAGAGAUUCACAGCUGGAGAUACACACUUCGAUGACGACGAGGCCUGGACCUUCAGAUCUCCAGACUCUCAUGGGAUGGAUCUGUUUGCGGUUGCAGUCCAUGAGUUCGGUCACGCCAUCGGCCUGGUCCACACCUCGGCCAUCGAGUCCAUCAUGAGGCCCUACUACCAGGGUCCUGUGGGAGACCCUCUGAAAUACGACCUGCCCUACGAAGACAAAGUCCGAGUCUGGCAGCUUUACGGUGUCAGAGACUCCGUGUCUCACACAAACCAACCGGUGAAUCCAUCCCAGACCGCUGAGCCUCCCGUUCUGUUGGACCUUCCUGAGAACAGAUCCACCGUCCUGCUGGCACGAGAUGCCCCAGACAGAUGCACCAGUCACUUUGAUGCAGUGGCCCAGAUACGAGGGGAGGCCUUCUUUUUCAAAGGAAAGUACUUUUGGCGACUAACGAGAGAGAAGCACCUGGUUUCUCUACGUCCAGCUCAAAUCCACCGUUUCUGGAGAGGCCUCCCAAACAACCUGGACAGCGUGGAUGCCGUGUACGAGAGACCUGGAGACCACAAAAUAGUCUUUUUUAAAGGUCUAAAAUAUUGGGUAUUUAAAGACAACAUUGUGGAGGAGGGUUACCCACGUCCAAUCAGUGACUUCGGUCUACCGAUGGAAGGAGUGGAUGCAGCCUUCGUCUGGCUUCACAACGACAAAACCUACUUCUUCAAGGACAACCACUACUGGCGCUACGACGACCACCAGAGACGAAUGGACCUGGGCUACCCUAAAGACAGCACGCUGUGGAAGGGGCUGCCGCCACAGCUGGACGACGCCAUGAGGUGGUCUGAUGGCUCGUCCUACUUCUUCAAGGGGAAGGAGUACUGGCGAGUGCCGGGCAGCGACAUGGAGGUGGAGGCGGGAUUCCCUCGCCUCAUCGCUAAGGACUGGCUGCUGUGCACCGAGAUGCAGGCGGACUCUCCGGACACGGAGCCCAAAAACACAGAGACGAGAGUCAACGUGCACCGACACCCGGACCACGCGGAGAACGGAUACGAGGUUUGCUCCUGCACCUCGGACACCGCCUCGCCUUUAGGUGUUGGCCUCUCCCCGUCUCCUCUCUGGCUGCUGCCGCCUCUCUGGACGCUGUCGCUGGCCCUCCGUUCUGAGCCGCUAUGAUGCUAAAGCUCGGGUCACGGCUCCAGACAAACGAACACCUGGGAAAUGUUCUUAUUCUACAGUUUCAUAUCUUUUUGGCUCUAAUUUUGCUGUUAUUUAUUUUACGUCAUCUGGUGCAGUCAUUCUUACCGACACACUUUUAAUGCUUUACAAAGGUUUUUAUUGAACACAUCUCUGCAAGGAAAGGCAUUACGGAAUAGAAAUAUAUUCUGAGAGCACCAGAAGGAUUUUCUUUGUCUUCAUGUGCAGCAAAGCCUCACAAGCUAAAUUUAUUCUGAAGUGCAAAGGUGAAUGAUAUACGCACAGCAGAUGCUUUGUUGUGAGGUUGGUUCACCAAAAUUGCCUCAGAAUUAGUUCAGAAUUAGCCAAAUCCACAUUUUCACACUCACCUCAAGUGACAGUGAAGUCGAUGGUUGGAUUCCUACCACCCCGAUACAGUGGAGUUGAAUGGAAUUUAAAAACCCAACUGUGCCUCUUUUCAAAAAUGAUUUAUGUGCGGAUAACCCACAAAACUCAUUUUUUAAAAGUAGUUCCUUCCUGCUAUGAAAACAGUUUGCAACAAGGUCUGUAAAUUAUCCCCGAGUAGCAGGGAUACUGUUUCUGAAAAGACACAUUGCUGUUGAAUUUAAAGUUAAUUAAAAGUCAUUUUUCUGCGCGGUGCGAACAACCACCACUGCUUUCCAUUCAUCUCCGUUGUACUGAACGUCUCAGACACUGGGGGAAAUAAAACCAAAGCUAUCUGCAUGGUGGGAUCGCAGCAGAAGUAAGAAUUUUUCUGUAAUUUGAGGAACUGACCUUUGAAUAAUCCUUCAUUGCAGUCAAAGUGCUUGUGAUGAGCUUGAACGUCUGCCAGACGGAGGCAUGGAUGAGUCGGUGGCUGCACCAAUUUUCUCGCCUAAAUCUCUUUUUCUCAAGUGAGGAGCUGCUGCUCAUGUUCACCUCCGAGCACUCCUGAGUUUAGUUGUAUCUUUGGUAUUAAACUUAGGUUCCUGUUUGUUUCACAUCGGGUCAUAGAGUUCAUAGAACCUUCUCAUGACGGACAGUUCUCUGUGUCGAACCCUUAGCUCCAGCAUCACGGCCCCUGGAUUUAUUCUUGCUGUAAAGAUAUAUUUACCUAUAGACCGAUAUAUUUCAGUUGAACGGUUCUGCAAUUAUUGCAUCACCAAGUGGACUGUGUAUAUUUUAAUCUGUGUUUUCUAAUGUAAAAUAUUUUUGUAGAAAAAUUAAAAAAAAAACAUUAUGUGAA